CGGAGCGGGGGCCCGAGCAGCCGGGGGCCGUUCCCGAGGGAGGUGGGGCCGUUCCGCCGCGGCCAGGGGCCCGGGCCCCGGUGCUGCGUCACGUAGGCUGCGUUAGAGCCCCCGCAGGGCCUGGGGCAGGAGGCUGGACGGGGCAAACGGGGAACGAUCGGGGGUUUGAUCUUAAAAUUGGAAAGGACGUGGCCUGCUUAAAAACCGCUUUGCUGUUUGUUUUAAAACAGAUUAUGUCUAGAAGAGGGAAGGCUUCUACAGUGUACUUCUGUGAUGUCCAAGCUCAUCUAUUGAUACUUCCUUUGUAACUCCAUGGUAAAACAGCUUCUGAGAGUAUCACUUUGGUUACUACGUCAUCUGGAUCCAGAGGUCACUUUUAAGAAAAUGUGGACUGCCAAAGGUCUUCGUAGUGCUCAAAUAAUGUUGCUUCAGUUGAAAGCAAGCAGACUGUGUAAUUGCAUGUUUCCAAAAGCUCAGCAGUACUGGAUUGGAAUUCUAAACUUUUGCACCAUAAGAGCACCACAUAACGGAGUUAAGCUCCAGGUUUCCAAGAUAAAUGAUAAACAAUCAGUAUUAGAUCCAAGAAUGGCUACUAGUGCAGGUGGAACUAAAAUAGCUGCUGGAAAAAGUCCCAGUGGGGUAUACGAUGGAAGCCAACAUUCAUUAGAAGCAAAAAUGAAACAUAUAAAUCUGUCAUUUGCAGCCUGUGGUUUUCUGGGUAUUUACCACUUGGGGGCAGCAGCUGCUUUUUACAGUCAUGGUAAGAAGUUACUGAAAGUUGUGAAAGCUUUUGCGGGAGCUUCUGCGGGAUCACUGGCUGCCACUGUCUUAUUAGCUGUACCAGAAAAUAUAGAGAAGUGUAAGCAGUUUGCCUAUGGAUUUGCAGAGGAAGUUAGAAAAUUGGACUUCGGUGCUAUAACGCCUGGUUAUGAUUUUAUGAAAACGCUUAGGGAAGGCAUAGAGUCUAUUCUUCCUUCUAAUGCUCAUGAGAUAGCUGAGAACCGGCUCUAUGUGUCAGUCACUAACACCAAAAAUGGGGAAAAUCACUUGGUUUCAAAUUUUGCCUCCAGGGAGGACCUCAUUAAGGUCCUGCUAGCAAGUAGUUUUAUACCAGUAUAUGCAGGAAUUAAGCCAGUAGAAUAUAAAGGAGAGAAGUGGGUUGAUGGUGGCCUUACUAAUGGCCUUCCUAUCUUGCCUGUUGGAAGAACAGUGACGAUUUCUCCUUUCAGCGGUCGAUUAGAUAUCUGUCCACAAGACAAAGGACGUGUGGAUCUUUACGUUAAAUUUGCAAAACAAGAUAUAAUGCUCUCUCUGGCCAACCUAGUAAGACUUAAUCAAGCUUUGUUCCCACCAAACCAGGAGAAAAUGGAAUUGUUGUACCAAAAUGGAUUUGACGACACUGUACACUUUUUACUGAAAGAAAACUGGUUUGAAUAGAUGGCACACAGAAAAUUAACAAAACCUGAUAUCUGUCAAAACACAGCUACAGGCAUCAUAGAGAAUUUCAGGGAUUGCUGUCCCAAUUCCUGUUCAUGAAAAUAAAAAUUCCAAUGAGAUUCCAUCUGCUUCCACUGGGAAAGUAUCAGCUGCACUCCAAAGACCUGUGUAAACAUGCCAGAAUGGGAAUUGUACUUGCCUGGUAUUUGUCUUGCUUUGAGGAGGUUCAAGCUAAACUUGCUUGAACUCAGUGUUUUGCUUCAGCUGAGGACUGGAGUGUGGGGUUUAUAAAAACCUCGUGUAGUCACAAUUACAGGAAUUUGGAAAAGUCUCUUUCAGUGUUAUUUGAGAGACAAGUCGACAUUGUAUCAUGAGAAAUUGCAAUCUGUAAUGUUCCCUUAAUAAUUGUGCAUACUAAUUGGAUGCUUGCAAUAUUGCUGAUCUAAUAUGUAUCUUGCAGUUUUCUAGGGGACUUGAAUACUUAGCACUAUCCCUAAGAAAUUAAAUAUUUGCACUCUUAUUCUUAUGUAUGUAUUUUUUAAAAACUAAAAGUUCUUGCCAUUUUCAGUGAAUGUGGUCUUCUAAAAUUUGAAAUACUAGUUGAAAUUUGUAAAAGAAGUGUAAUGUUUGAACGUAAAAAUAUCUUGUAAAGAAGUGUGUAAGACAUUGUUAUAUUAAUUAUGUUUUCCACUAAA